AUGUACAGAAGUGCUGCUGCAAAGCAGUCAUUUCUAGAAGCGCCGAAUUUCAAUGGAAACGCUGAAAAGACGGUAAUUCUCGUCAAAGCAACAAGCAAUGGAUGUCUUGGGAAAACGCUGGAGUUAUUCGAGAAUCGUGGCUAUCGAAUUUUGGCUUUGAAACAAGUAUUUCCAUCAAGGGAUCACCUUGAGAAACACUUCCAAGAACAAAAGAAACAUUCAUCUUUCCAUUCACUUAUCGAUUGGUGGCUGAGUGGGCCAAUUGUUGUCAUCGUAUUGCAAGGGAUCAAUAUCGUUGAACAGAGCCAUUCAAUGCUUAAAGAUAAAUGGUAUCAACGAAAUUUUGAUGGUUUCUGUCAUAUUUCUAUCUCUGAGACACCAGCAGCUGCUGUUCGACAAAACUCGCAUUGGUUUGACGCUGAUGAACUCACCGAU